CCUGAGGCGUGCGCACUCGGUGUCUCCUCACUUCCGGGGCAACGGACCCGAUCUGAGUCCCGGGCGCGCGGAUCUCUGUGGAUUCAAUAGAAGUUGCAAAUAAACAAGAUGGCAGAAGAAGCUGGGGAUGAUAAGAAACUGGUGGCCAAGUUUGAGCUGGAGAGGGAGACAGAACUUCGCUUUGAGGUUGAAGCCUCACAAACUGUCCAGCUAGAGCUUAUGACAGGCAUGGCUGAGAUCUUUGGAACAGAGCUGACACGUAACAAGAAAUUCACCUUUGAUGCUGGUGCCAAAGUGGCUGUCUUCACCUGGCAUGGCUGUUCAGUACAACUGACUGGUCGAACUGAAGUAGCCUAUGUCUCUAAGGACACACCCAUGUUGCUCUACCUCAACACCCAUACAGCCCUGGAGCAGAUGCGGUGGCAGGCUGAGCGUGAAGAUGAACGGGGGCCUCGGGUUAUGGUGGUGGGCCCCACAGAUGUGGGCAAGUCAACUGUCUGCCGCCUGCUGCUGAAUUAUGCUGUGCGUCUAGGGCGCCGACCCACUUUUGUGGAGCUGGAUGUAGGCCAGGGCUCAAUCUCUAUCCCAGGCACUAUGGGAGCACUUUAUAUUGAACGACCUGCAGAUGUUGAAGAAGGAUUUUCAGUUCAGGCCCCUCUAGUCUAUCACUUUGGCUCCACCACACCUGGCACUAACAUCAAACUCUAUAAUAAGAUCACAUCUCGCUUGGCUGAUGUAUUUAACCAACGCUGUGAGGUGAACCGCCGGGCUUCAGUCAGUGGCUGUGUCAUCAAUACCUGUGGCUGGGUGAAGGGAUCUGGCUACCAGGCACUUGUACAUGCUGCCUCCGCCUUUGAAGUUGAUGUUGUAGUAGUGCUGGACCAGGAGCGCCUCUACAAUGAACUGAAGCGAGACCUGCCUCACUUUGUUCGGACGGUGCUGCUCCCUAAGUCAGGUGGAGUGGUGGAACGCUCCAAGGACUUCCGACGGGAAUUUCGUGAUGACCGCAUACGUGAAUACUUCUAUGGCUUCCGUGGGUGCUUCUACCCACAUGCCUUUGAUGUCAAGUUCUCUGAUGUCAAGAUAUACAAGGUGGGAGCACCCACAAUCCCUGACUCAUGUCUGCCUCUGGGCAUGUCACAAGAAGACAACCAGCUCAAGCUGGUACCGGUUACACCUGGUCGUGAUAUGGUGCACCACUUGUUAAGUGUGAGUACAGCUGAUGGUACGGAUGAGAACAUCUCUGAGACUAGUGUAGCUGGUUUUAUUGUUGUCACUGCAGUGGAUCUGGAACGUCAGGUGUUCACUGUGCUUUCACCAGCACCUCGUCCAUUGCCCAAGAACUUUUUACUCAUUAUGGACAUUCGUUUCAUGGAUCUCAAGUAGCACCAGCAUAUUUUUGCUUUCAUAUAAACAAAACCGUUACAGCCCUGUAUGGAACAUCAUCAUUCAAAAUGGACAGGAAAGAACCCUGGAGACAGUUUGAGCCAUUUAAAAUAAUCCUUUCAGUUUUCUCUCAGCCAUUAGAAAGAACAACUGAAAGGGUGAAGCUAAGAGGAUUCAUGGAUUUUAAUGUGUGACUAGCCAUAAUGGGCAAACAUGGUUACCUGCUAACAUUGCUUUACAUUGUUCUUUGGGUUCUCAGAGGCCCCAGUCUUUGAAACUGAAACACUUCUCUUCAUUGUUCCAUCUGAAAGUAGUCAUGUUGUAGAGAGAGUGAUUUUUUAUAUUAUAUUUUUUAAGAUGUAAUAAAUUCUAAAAUAUGUAUAUUUUCAUGCUUGUGCUUCUAUCUUCAGAGGCUUGUUUAUUUAUUAGAUUUACAUCCCACCUUUUUUCUUACAUAUAUUUCUCCUCCCGCUCUCAAUUGUAUCCCCACAAUAACAAAUCUGUGAGGUAGGAUUGGCUGAGAGUCUGUGACUGGUCCAAAGACACCCAGUUGGCUCUGUGGCUGAGUGGGGACUAGAAUCCAUUUUGCCUAAGUCCCAGUCCUGUGAUUUUAAUGACUACAUCAUAGUUUUAAUAUGUAAAAGCCUGGUAUGUGUGGCUCAGUGUAAGGCUGAGCAAAAGGAGACUGCUUUGUGUAAUAAAUGGAAAUUCUGUACGUACAAGUUAA